AUGACGAUGGAAGCGUUGCUAACACCAAAGCAUGAUAAUAUGCCGACGGGUCCCGUACAGACACAGACAACCUACACAAGCACCCAACGAUACUGUACGGCACCAAAUGUGGAUAUUGGAGAGUCCAAGACCAAUCUGAUAAUAAACUACCUGCCGCAAGGAAUGACUCAAGAAGAGGUUCGAUCCCUGUUCACCUCAAUCGGAGAAAUCGAAUCGUGUAAAUUGGUGCGGGAUAAGGUUACAGGACAGUCCCUUGGUUACGGUUUUGUUAAUUACGUACAAGAAGCGGAUGCCCUUCGUGCCGUCAGCUCGUUCAAUGGUCUUCGGUUGCAGAAUAAGACGAUCAAGGUGUCUUACGCCAGACCGUCAAAUGAUCAGAUCAAAGGAUCCAACUUAUAUGUCUCUGGAAUUCCAAAGUCUAUGACGUUACAUGAAUUGGAGUCAAUAUUCCGACCGUUUGGACAAAUUAUUACUUCUAGGAUUUUAUCAGAUAAUGUUACUGGCCUAUCAAAAGGAGUUGGUUUCGUGCGAUUCGAUAAGAAAGAUGAAGCGGAUAACGCAAUUAAGACCCUCAACGGAAGUAUACCAACUGGAUGCUCAGAACAGAUUACAGUGAAAUUCGCCAAUAAUCCAGCUAGCAACAACCCGAAAGGAAUUCUGAGUGAACUUGAAGCCGUGCAGCAAGCCGCCACAACUUUGGUCCCAUUGAGUACAAUAUUAGGGGCACCAACGUUGAGAGCAGCUGCUGGAGGAAUCGGACCAAUGCAUCACACACCGAUGACCUCCAAAUAUAGGUACUCACCAAUGGGCGCCAUAACUGCAGUAUCCCAACCAACCGCUACACUCAAUGCAGACUACCUGACAACAUCUGCUCUUCUGCAAAUGUCUCAACUCAACGCGCUCGCCGGACUAACAUCAUUUGGACCUGCAACCGGUGUUCCAGAUUUUACCGCCUCAUUAAUAGCACAUCAACAACAGCAGCAAGCGGUGGCCGCGCAGCAACAAGUACAACAAGCUGGAAGUCCACCAGCGCAAAACGGAGCAGGACUUGCUGCACAUGCUCAGUUGUCUGCGUUAUCUGCAUCAGUGGCCGCAACUUUACCACCAUCGGAUACUGCUGGUUACUGUCUUUUCGUGUAUAAUUUGGCGGCGGAUACGGAUGACACUCUGUUAUGGCAGUUGUUUUCACAGUUUGGAGCAAUUUUGAAUGUGAAGAUCCUCCGCGACUUGACCCAAAAAUGCAAAGGCUACGCGUUCGUCUCGAUGAGUACCUACACAGAAGCCUACAACGCAAUGGUCUCCCUAAACGGAACGAAUCUUGCUGGAAAGACGCUCCAAGUCGUAUUCAAGUCCUCCACCCCAUACCGUGCCUAA